AAUGAGGUUCCUUUCCCCGCAUGCAAGGGCUAUUUCUCGGUCUUACACCAGCAGUACAAGUUUGUCGUGGACGGGCCAGGUAUAAUAAAGAAAGGCUAUGAACAAUUUAAGAAUGGCUUGUUCGAGAUCCCGCGCACAUUCCGCUUUGGUCAGGUCAUAUUAUGCCAGCCGGAGUUGAUUGAAGAACUAAGAAAUACACAGAGCACUCUUGUUUCCCCAGAGCCAUGGAUUGACCAGGUACGGGUUUUGGGUGGAUUCUCUAUGUGUAGGUUAACAAAUAUUCUACAGCUGCUUCAAAUCUCUCAUGUUAUGCCUGGAUAUUUUCCCGCGGGAAUGGGAUGGCCAAAAAUUGCUAAGACUACUCCUGGUUUGAUUCGUGCCACAGUCUACAAACACUUGCAUCGAUACAUGCCAUCCAUAAACCAGGCAAUUAUCUCGCAACUUCAGACGCUAGAAUUCAAAGAUGGGGAAUGCAACGUUGGCUGUUUCGACUUGGCAUACUCGAUCGUAGCCCGCAGUGGCAGUUUUGCUCUUGUCGGCUCGCGGCUUUCUCGGAAUGAGGAAUAUCUCAAAGCUGUCAAGGAUCACAUCCUUGGAAUGAUAGUGACCACUCGUGUACAAUUCCUUGUUCCAGAUUGCUUGAAACCCUACAUUGGUGGCCUCAUCAGCCGCCUCGCCACUUUUAGGACUAGUUGGGAUAUGCACGCCUCGCGUAAGAUUAUGCUCAAGCACUUCGAUGCACGUGCAGCAGAAUAUCACGCCGAGAUAUUUAGUAGAACUGGACCUAGUGAGACCAAUCUCGAUGACUCGGACAGUCCGGUUGAAAUAUUCCAAUGGCUGUAUGAGAGCAGUGUCCUUCGGGACCGAUGGACAUAUUCAGAGGUGAUAGGUGAAAUGUUGCUUCUACAAUUUGCAUUUAUCUACACCACGUCCUAUGGACUUUAUGGCGCCCUGGUUGAACUAGCUCGACAACCCGAGUAUAUUGCACCCCUGCGCGAGGAAAUCGAUUUGAUUUUCUCUAAAAUGGGACCAACUGUUCCAGCAUGUGAUGGUAUGGUUUUGACGGACAGUUUCCUAAAGGAGUGCCAGCGGCUGCAUCCCCCUUCAGCGCUCUCGGCUCAUCGGGUCUGCGUUAAUGACCUCAAACUUUCUAACGGGACUACCCUGAAGCAAGGGUCCCACGUUGCCGUCCCAAGCGGAAUCAUCCAACGAUCCAGCGAGCACUAUGCGAAUCCCGACGCAUUUGACGGUUUCAGGUUCGUCAAGCGUGCAGCUGCUGGAGCCAAGGACACCCGGCUGGUAGACCUGAGCCCUAACUAUCUGGUUUUUGGAAUGGGUGCACAUGCCUGCCCUGGACGAUGGAUGGCUAGUGCCCUCAUGAAGCUCGCCUUCGCGCAUGUAUUGAACCGGUAUGACAUAGUCUUGCCUAAUUCGGCUUUGAUCCCCCUAACUGGAUCGCUUUCAUUUGAGGAGUUUUAUGUGCCCAAUUUCGGGCUAAAGAUUGCUCUGCGCCAGCGCUAA